GUUGAUCACUCUCUUUGUAUAUUCCUUUUCAAAUUACAGUGAUAUAUUAUCAAAAUGGUCGAUGGAAAAUUUGUCAAGGCAUGCCAAAAGAUGGGCACCAAAGUGAUAACUAGAGCAACUAAUUGUGACAAAUGUUGUAAGUGGACAAAAUGGCCAUUUGUGCAAGAAGAUAACACUAUCCCAAGGGAUGUCCCAAAGGGUCACUUGGUGGUGUAUGUAGGAAAAUACCAAAAGAGGUUUGUAAUCAAAAUCACUUUGCUCAAGCACCCACUUUUCAAAGCAUUGCUAGAUCAAGCACAGGAAGAAAUUUAUGAUUUCACUCAUGUUGAGUCAAAAUUAUGGAUCCCUUGUGAUGAAAACAUAUUUGUAAGUGUUAUAAGAUGUGCCACAUCUCCAAAAAAUCGACGUAUCUCCAUAUGCUUUUGA